AUGUCCACAGAUCUCCCACCAGGUGUUUCACCAAAAGCUUAUCCACUUGCUUCAAGUGAGCUCAAUGCCGCUAUCUUAGAACUUGUUAAGGAUGCUUCUCAGAACAAACAACUUCGCAAAGGUGCUAACGAAGUUACAAAGACACUCAAUCGUUCAGUAGCAGAAAUAGUCCUUAUUGCUGGUGAUACAGAUCCAAUCGAAAUUGUUAUGCAUCUUCCACUUCUUUGCGAAGAUAAGAAUGUACAAUAUAUUUUUGUCCCAUCUCGUGCUGCACUUGGUCGUGCUUGUGGUGUUUCUCGUCCAGUUGUUGCAUGCUCAAUUGUUAAGAAGGAUAACUCUAGAUUGAAGAAGAAUAUUGAAAACUUAAAGAUAAAGAUAGAACAAGCCCUCGUAUAA